AUGACGCCGCGAGAUCCGAUCCUGUCGUGGCCCGCGACCGCCCACUCGAGUGGUGGCUACCCCCACCACGACACGCGCAAUUCGUUCGAUGAUGACCUUGAAUCCGAGCUCGAGAAGGCAGGCUACGUCGAAAACAACACGUUUGAAAACCUGCCACUACGCGUGCGGAUCGUCCUUGGCUUUCUCUUCUUGACGCUUGCACUCGUGUCUUUCGACUCGGCGAUCGGUGGCAUCUGCCUCGGCAUUGCGUUUGCGCUGCUCGUUGCGUCCUUGGUCUGCCUGGUGCAGUCGCUGACCAAGCUCGUGGGCGGGUCCGCGCGAAAGUACAUGCGCCAUGCGCUCAACUACAGCGGGUACCUCAACAUCUUCAUCGGGAUCGCUGUCACGUUCGGCGUACAGUCGUCAACCAUCGUCACGUCGACGCUGACGCCCCUUGCCGGACUCGACUUGAUCACUCUCGACCAAGUGUACCCGCUCAUCAUCGGCGCAAAUGUUGGGACGACUGUGAAGGCCCUCUUGGCGUCGUGGGUGACUGGCAAGUACAACGCCGUCAGGGCAGCCCUCGUGCACUUGUUCUUCAACAUCUUUGGGAUCUUUUUCUUUUACGUGAUCCCGGCGACGCGGUACCCGAUCCUGCACUCGGCCGAGCGCAUUGGGUACUACAGCGCGCGGUGGCCGCUAGUGGCACUGUUGUUUUUGCUCAUGGUGUUUUUCGUGGUGCCUGGGGCGGGGUUUGGCAUGGUAUAUCUGUACAAAGGGAAUGCGACCGCGGUUGGGUUUGGCAUCAGCAUCACGGCCAUCGUCGGCGUCCUCGUCGUAGCCAUUUACUGGUGGUACUGGCGCCGCGACGGGCGUGAGCGGUGGCACUACUUCUUGGCCGUCAAGGCGGAAGACCACCGCAUGCGCAUGGAGGCCGUGCGCCGGGCCCGUGACGAUGACCUGGCGUACAUCCCAUAG